AUGCCUUCAGGAGUGGCCAGCUUGGUCGUCUCCAAGCGCGCUGAUGGCCAUGCCCAUUUCCAUAAAGACACUAAGCGCUGCGCCACUUACAGCCGAGUUCGUGCAGAAGAUAAUGACCCUCGUGAAGAUGGCCUCAAGGGCGUAAAGGUUGAGUCGUCCGUACUUGUCGGCCGAGAUACCAGGGAUGACACGGCUAAACGUCGAGGCGGCGCUCAGGAUAGCGAGCAGGUGUUUCGGCGUGAGUAUAAAGAAGAGCGGAGUGAACAUACCAAUGAAGAUGAAGAACGGAGAUGCGAUAAGGAGAAUGCAUCUGGUUGCCUUGCAAGCGGCCGGGAUAUAGAAGUUCGUAUCUCUCGGGGGCAGACGGGCCUUGACGGCCAUGCAAGGGAAGAGCAUGAAAGGCAUGACGAGGAAGCCUGGGCUGUGAUGCCUACGGACCACCCGAAGCUGGAGUUGUUGAGCAGCGGGGACAAAGCAAUGGGGAUGACGAUAUCGCCAACAGAGGAUCCGGAAACCACCACUCUCAGUGCGGCUGAUCGCUUCUUGUCAAACUCUUUGAAUGCUGCACCCAUUGCAAAGCCCAUCAGCACCCCUUGGACGAGCAUGACUUGCCAGUACUUGUCACAAAGACUCAGCAGCAUGACGCACAACAGGUGA